AUGUAUGGUAUAUUUUGCGGUUUCAAUGGAGGAGCGGAUGUUGCCAAGUUCGUGAUGAACAGGAUGGUUUAUGAAGUUUUCAGAGAUCGCCCGAUCACGAAGUCCAUGACAGUAGAAGAGGUUAAAGAUGCGUUAUUGAGUAAGUUUCGAACAGUGGACUUACGCUAUCUGCAAACUGUUGAUGAUGAUCUUGCUCAGAGGUUGGUUCUGAUGGAUAAUCCUGAAACGAAUUCGGAUGAUAUCUCUGCUUUGAACGCAAAAAUCAGAAAGGGUACUACAGCUUUUGUCGUUUUGAGAGUUGACCAUAAUCUCUACGUGCUCAACUGUGGCACUUCCCUCGGUUUGGCGUUCCUCUCAGAUCGCUCGGUGGUGCGCUUAAACGCUCGUGUCCAUGACAAUGACGAUCCUGAGGAAUAUGAGCGUCUUGAAAAGUUGAGCGUUAACCCUCAUAGUGUUCACCGUCCAACCCGUGCUCUUGGGGAUUACUUCCGUCGCAACCUUUUUGAGGAAAAAAAGGAGUUCGAGGGCGCCAAGGGUGAACCGGUUAUUGCUGAACCAGAUCUUUAUCAUCUCGAGAUAGAUAAGACCUGGAAAUAUCUAAUCUUGAUGUCCGAUGGAGUUGUGCAGAACCUGAAGGAUUGUGGUGUUGAAGAUAUACUCGCCGAAGUCCAAGAGCGUCUGCAAAUAGAUACAAGUGUGCGCAGCACUGCACAAGGUUUGGUGGACGCAUUUGGGAGAAAGCAUGAUGCCGCCUACUGCAGAGUGAGUUCAUUUCACAGUCGUCACUAA